GGCUUGUUUUCAAAUCCAGACGCAGGCUCACAGCGAUGAAGAUGGCGGCGCUGGGGUCCGCCAAACCCGCUGGAGUGGGGCAGAGGAGCGCUCCUCUGAGUCUGGAGGAGGCCCGGUGCCCGGUGUGCUCCGAGAUCCUGCUGGAGCCUGUGACGAUGCCUUGUGGACACUCGGUGUGCCUGCACUGCUUCCAGCGCACGGUGAAGCUGAGCAGCCUGUGCUGUCCGCUGUGCCGGCUGCGGGUGUCCAGCUGGGCCCGGAAACAGUCCCGGGAGAAGAGCCUAAUCAACACCGAGCUCUGGGAGCUGAUCCGCCGCAGCCAUCCGGAGAGAUGCCGGCGGAGGCUGGAGCAGAGAGACGGACAGACCGCCGACGGAGACAUUUUCCGUGCACCUGUACCAAUUCAGAAAUCUGGAGAAAUGCGUCAAGAUUUGGAGAAACAAAAGAUGAAGGGUGGAAGCAAUGAGGAAACCGAAGAGAGAAAGAAAAAAAUCCACAGAAAAGAAGAGUGUGGGAUGCUGAAUCUUUGUCAAUGUCCUUUCUGUGGGCUGUCAGACUCAGAGAAUGAAAAGCCGGUGGGAAAGAGGACAAGACAUGUGUCAGCAUUUGUGCGAAAAACAAGAUGCUCCCCUGCUUUCAAUAGAGGCUGUCUUCAUAGCAGUGCUGUUCAGAGGAGCAGGAGCUGUACAGAUUCGGAGGAUGGAAGAGGAAAAACCAGAGGAAACACACAUCAUGUCCUUCCUGACAAGGCUAUCAUCACUCAUAGUUACAACGCUGGAAUCCUUCUCUCCUCAGAAAACAGUCGUUCUUUCUCAGCCCCGGUGCUGAGCCUAGAUAAGAGACACCACUGGCGGGGCAUCCAUACCUCAUCCUCGUCACUCGUACUUCAAACGAAACCAGAGAGGUCCAUUAGCCCCGAGAGCAACGACAGCAUAUCAGAAGAACUCAACCAUUUCAAGCCUAUUGUCUGCUCGCCGUGCACUCCACCCAAAAGGCUUUCCGAUGGGCGACUGUUGGAGCCUACGAUCGUGAAGUCAACCCCAAGGAACUUGACACGCUCUCUGCACAAGUCCACAAGCUACGAGGCCAGCCCGACCAUCUUGCAGAAGUGGAAGCAGAUUGAAGUUGAUCGUCAGUGCUUCAAGGUGACCUCAAAAGGUACGGUCACGAGUCCGAUCGCAGAGGACGUAAGCCUUAAACUGAGUCCGGUUGAAGAAUGGGACGGCCGACUCUGCAGCUGUGCUGUAGCCAAGGACAGCUCGCAAGAUCAUCAGUGCAUUUGUGAUUCAAGUGCUAAGGAUCGGAAGGAUAAACCGGUAGUCUGUAAUAAACGACGGCUUGUAUUUGAUCAGUGUAGCAAAGAGGAAGCUCGUGCUCGCAUCAGGUCGACAACUCAAACCAUUGCAGAUACUUUAUCCGCAAAAAGGUCUAGCAGAUGUGAAGAACUCUGUAAACCCACAGAAAUUUGUGAAGCGAUGCUUGAUAAACACGCUGGACACUGUAAUCACGGUACUAAAGGUCCGGAGAAUUUCGUAAAUGAGCCUACCACCAGGAGCUGUGUACUUAACAGACCUACCUCAAGAAGGGGCAAGAAGAGAAGCCACAAAACCAAACAUUUGGAAGACACCCUACAGACAAAAGUGUCCCGUACGGAUGUCUGUGAGAGGCUUGAUGAAAUGAUUGUCCAGCGAAUGAAUCGGGAAAAGGAGGAUCGAAAACUGGCACUAAAGCUACAGAGACAGUUUGACAGAGAGCGUCAAAAAGUGGACAGGCACAAAACGAGUCGUAACAAAUACGAACUCCGGUCCUGGGCUACACAUGAUGGGAUGGUGGGACAUAAUACACGCAGAUCAGGAAGAAUCUCCAAAAGAAAUGAGCACUUUAACUACAGCUGUUGAAGUGACCUCCGGUUAUGGAGUUAUUAUUGUUACGGUUAUUGUUAUGAUUUUAUUUUCUUUGUUGAGGCACUACAGAGGCUUUCUAACAUCUAGAUUAGUAUUGCAAGAUAAGGUAUGUACUUUUUUGACUUUUCAUCCAAAGCAACUUGCAUUAAUCGAGCCAAUCCUGUUCCUGGAGAUCUUAAAAAGUUCAUCUUAAACCAGGAUCAAACACAACUGAACCAACUAAUAAAGAUCUUCAGGAGCGCUUGAUAAUUACAAACCGUUGUGUUGGAUCUCUGCAGGAAUGGGAUUUAUAAGUCUUUUUACUUCUUCAAUCCAGUGAGGAUGACAGUACUCCUUACAAUCCCUUUGUGCGCAUCACAAUUGUUCCUCAAGAAGUUUGCUUGCAUGUUUUAUGGCCAUCAUAGGACAUUUGUUAAACCUGAAGCUGUUUUGUACAAAACUGUAGCAUAACUCCUUUGAUUUAUAACAUAGUGUCUUUGAAAGAUCUCUCUUGACACAUCCAUCUAUCAGACAACUCUUUUGUUAACAAUUUACAUGGAAACGAGUAAAAAUUGUAGCCUUAGGCCAGAAAACUACUCAACACAAGUAUGUAGAUGCAAAUGCUUGCUCAACAAUUUGCAGUACUCGCAGUCUUGUUGUACGUAACCUGUUUACUUUGUUCUUAUUUUAACUGCAAUGGAAACAAACCUCAGUAACUCAAGGCAGUGAUAGAAUUACCUUCAAAUGUUUCUGCCAUUAACCAAAAUGUAUUUUUUUGUAGCUUUCCCAGUGUGAGAGGGUUAUGAGAUGGCAGCGACUUGGGUUUAAAAUAGUACACAUUUAUAGUACAGUAAAUCAAAUGCGAUCAAAUGGAGUGUACUUUGAAAGGCGUACUCGAAGUACAAAAACGAAGUAUACUUUGGACUUAAGGCAGAUUAUUUAUCUGGCUAUUUAUAUGGCAUCUGAAAAUUGUGAGUGACUAUUGUACUUGGCUCAAUUAGCAAUUUAGUUACAUCAAGGCAAUAAUUUGAUUGGUUUAUGAGGCAUACCAUGAUCCAGGGUGACCAUUAUACUUUUUUUUUUAUUUAUUUUUUUAGGCCAUAUAGAUUGGAAUUGCCCGGUACAGUAAGAUCUUUGGUUAAAGAGUGUGCGUUGAUGUAGGUUAUUUACAAAAUAAACCACGGAAAGCAUCAAAGAAGGUGCAAGUAGUUCACCAUAUAAAAUCCAUUGAAGAUAAUAGAUAGCUGUUUAUUCCUGAGCCUGCUAGCGCCCCUUGUGGAAGUGCUCAGAAUGCAACACAUACUUGUGCAGACAGUACAAAUUUUGUUACACACUUCGUGUAAAAUCAAACUUAAGUAGCAAAAGUUUGCAUUUGCAUAUUUGUGUAGAGUUUGUUUUAAGCCUAACUGCUAAUGUUUUACACUAUUAAAUAAAAUAUCUAUAAAAUGUUUUUUAAAAUGCUAAAAGGCAUUGCCGUGUUGACACGUUAAUAUUUCUAAAGAAAUCUGAUUGUUUUAUUUGUUUUAUUUUUAAAACCCACUUUUUUUGUUUUCUAAAUUAAGUGUUUUGACACUCUCCAAAGACACAGUCUUUCCGUAUUUUUGUUUUUUGUAGUUUAUCCACAUUUCACUUUUAGCUUAAUGUUCACUCUACUCUUAAGGGCUACUUUCAUUUCAGAACUUCAUCUAUUAAGCUUGGAUUACGAGAGCGAUCUAUUUUGUGACUUGUGUUGUAAAUGUUUCUUUUGCUGAAAAAUGACACAUUCAGUUGGACCGCAUGUAAAUGCACAUACAAUUAAUCCUGUCUACCUUUGAUCUUGAUCUUUUUUUAAUUAUUAUUAUUCCAAACAGAUUCAUUUUCCUUACUGUAUACUUCUUUUUAAUGUGCCAACAUUUCUGAUUUCUGCAAAUCAGGCAUUUUGUCCUUUUUUUUUAAUGUAGGUAAUUUGUUAUAUACAAUUCUGUAGGCUACCAGAUGUACUCAGAGAAGAUGAAAUAGAUUUUUAUACAUUACUGUACUAUUUUGGAAAUAUGACUUGCCUAUAUUGAUAAUGAUGCAAAGAUGUUAAUAGGAACUGUUUCUGAUGGGCUUUCAAAGCACUUGGAUUGUCUUCCGUUGUUGAAAGUUAUUGCUGGAUUUGAACGAGAAUGUUGUACAUGUUUGGAUUCUGUGGAGAUGGAAAGCACAUUAUAUUUAUUUGAACAGGA